CCUUGCCCUCCCAAGUCACGUAUCCAUUGAGCAUCCACCUCCUCUCAGAAUGGCCGACCUAGCAGUCCUGGCGUCAAGCGGCAACGAAGUCAAAGUUGCCGCUGCUCGGUCCGGUUACGUCCCCGGAACCUGCUUAAACUGCCGGCGUCAAAAGCAGCGUUGCGACAGGGUUCUUCCUCAAUGCUCUCGUUGUUCUAUGAAAGCAGUUCGAUGUGUCUAUCCAACAAGGAACGAUGCGCCAGCCCGCGGGCUCGCACCGAUAUUUAACAGCACGGCUGACAUGCUGCUACCGUGCUCCAGUCCUUGUCGGUUCCAUCUAUCUCCUCUUGGCGAGCGCAAUCUGCUCUGGGCAGCUUGCUCAAGUUCCAGCUGUUAUGCCGAAGGAGACUCCUCCCAAGCAUCGCUAUCUUUUCUCGUCAGAGACAUGUUUGGCCAUGCCUCCAUUGACUUGACAGAUAUUGUGGCCAAGUAUUUCAGUCUUGCCUAUCACUGGUUUCCCUUCUUGGACAAGGAGAAUGUCUACAGCCAAGCAGCGCAAUUCAUCUCGGGCGGUUUUAUCUCGGGCGCGGCUAAUCGCGACAACUUUGCUCUAUUGCUGCUUUCCAUGCACAUAUUCUCGGAAAGCCCUUGCCAGUAUUCGCCUCAUCCGGCACAGAGCGCUUUAUACCGCACAGCGCGGCAGCUCUUUGCCGUUCUUCAGUCGUCUCCGGAUAUUCAGCUGCUGCAAUGCGGCAUUAUCUUAACGAUGUACGCGUGUGGCCAUGGUUUGGGCAGAGAAGCGUAUGAAACCUUGACAUUAUGCAUUGGUCUCAUUCGGCGACUCGGCUUCAGCGAAUAUUUUGCGGCAGAUUCAAAGGAUAGUGCUGUCAAAGAUUAUCGCAGCCAACACGAGCUAGAUCUCCAUUGGAGCGCAAUUAUCUUACUGGAUCGCACUAUUGCUCUGUCUACCAUCGAUCACUGUCUGCCAUAUCUAGUAGAGGAGGCUCACCUCCCCCCCAACUCUGCCAUCUUAAGAGUAACACAAGCCGAUCUCUACUCACAAGAUCCUAUCCGGAACUUCUUGGCUCGAGCCGAGCAUUCUAUUCGCAUGGGGGAUAUGCUGAGGGCGAUAAGAAGAAGCAAGUUUCCUAUUUGCGAAACUAUUGCCAUGACUCUCAGUGCCUUAAUUAUGCUAUAUCGCACGAAUGACUACUACAAGGUAGCAAGGCACAAUCCGAAGAGCAUAUUAACAUUCACCUGCGCACGCAAUAUGAUUAUUGAAACAUGCCGCGCCGAAUCCGAAUGGCUGGAGAAACACGGCUGGUUUAACAGCACCAGACCGUGCUUCAUAGGAUUAUGUUGCUUAUAUGGCGCCGCUGCUCACCUGGACGGGCUUUGUGUGGAUGGAUUACCGGCAGAAGAUAGGAGUACUCUCAGAAAUGCUGUAUCGGACUUUGCAAGGCGCUGGAAAAUUUCAGACAAUUUCUUGCGCCAUCUUGAUUUAGCCAAGAGAGUAAGUGGCAGCUAAAGACGGCUGAAUCGUCCCGAAACUUGCCAAUCCUGUAUUUUCCCAGUUUUGAUUCAUAUAUCUCGUCUAUAUUUACAUCCAUCCUUUCGGCAAUGCUCAGCCAAUAUACCUUCCGUAUUUUGUCAAGACCUCAUCCACCCUUAAGCGAUCAAUAUCCUCCUCUCUUAAGCAUACAGCCACAUCAAUAUCUCCAGCGUCCGUCCUAGGCAUAAAGU